AAGGAUAUCCUCCGACGUUUCAGGCGUCGGAGGUUCCUCAGGUGAAGGAUAACCUCCGACGCUACCAGGGGGAAGGAUGCAGCUUUUCCCCAACACAUCUAAAACAUGUCGAUUAAUUCAAUGCACAAACGACCAUGUCUUCUCUCUGUCAGUACUUCGAUUUCUACGACAUCUCUCUUCAAAACAUUGGAGAUCGGACUAUAUAUGCCUCAGGUCAGGAUUCAUAACGAAAACAUUCAGACAAGCCCAUUUUCUAUCGCUAGUUCUAGGGGUGAGGAGGUGAGGUUUUCAACAUGGCCAUGUUCUUGUCUUCAAUUUUGAGUGAAUUUACCAGUAGAUCCAUAUCGUUCCUGAUCGACAAAUGCUUGACGUCGAUCUCGCCGCCGACAGUAGAGGAGACGCUGAGCAACCUACAGAGGCUUCUCUGCCGGGUUCAUAUCAUCGUCGACGAGGCCGAUGAGCGGCACAUCAGUAACCAUGCCAUGAUGCGGCAACUGAGCCAGCUAAGGAAGGAGAUGUACAGAGGGUAUCACACGCUUGACACCUUCAGAUGCCGUGGAGUCCAUGAGGAGGAGAACCGAGUGAGCCCAUCUUUCACCCCAUCCAAUUUCAAUCCUGCCAAACGCAUCCGCUUCAGCAGCAGCGACAGCAGUUCAAGCGAACAAGGUCAUCUCCUUGAAGUUCUUGGCUGCCUAGAGGCCGCCAUUAGAGAUACGAGUGAGCUUGUUUUGUUCUUGAGUGGAUAUCCUCGCCGGUGCCGCCAGCCCUACAGCAUGUACCUGCUUCUGGACAAGUGCAUGUUCGGACGCCAAAUGGAGAUGGAGCAAAUCUUGGGCUUCCUGCUACAAGAAGAGGCUCCCAUCGACGGAAACCUAGGUGUCUUGCCCAUUGUCGGACGGAGGAGAGUAGGGAAGAGCACCCUAAUUGAGCACGCUUGCAACAAUGAGAGAGUGCGUACACACUUCUGUCGGAUCAUGUGUUUUCGACGAUGUGGUACAAAAGAUGAGAGGACAGUGGCGACUCUAAGUGAUUGUGAUGUAAUCAAGCAUGGUAGCGGUGCAAUUGGAGAUGAAAGAAUAUUGGUUAUAAUCGAACUAGUUGGUGACAUGGAUGAAGAUGUAUGGAGGAAGUUUUACUCCGAUUGCAAGCAUCAUGUUGCAGGUGGCAGUAAAAUUAUUGUGGCUAGUCGAUCGGAGAAGAUCUCAAGGUUUGGAACAACGCAACCACUGGAAGUAAAACUCCUCACGCCAGAAGAGCACUGGUACUUCUUCAAGGUGCGUACGUUUGGUAGCACAGACCUAGCAGACCACCCAAAACUGGCGUCAAUAGCCAUGGACAUGGCGAGGGAGACAAACCGGGAUUUCUUCUGCGCAAGCGUCGUCAGCGCCCUGCUGAAAGCCAAUUUCGACGCCCAUUUUUGGAGCAUGGCUCUUGCAAGCGUCAAAAAAAUCAAGCGGAUAAAUCCCUUGCUCUAUAGAGAGGAGAAAGGCGCUGAUUUCUUGCAGGGUUUCAAGCCGAUAAAUGUCAGAAUAGUAAACAAAACAUCUGUUGAAAAUUUGGUGAUCCUUCAUGACUAUGAAACAGGUUUUGUCCGGGAGACGGCUCAAAAUGAAGGCAGCCAGAUGACUAUUCGAGAUCUCUUGUUUGGUAGUAACAAUGUUAGACCUCGUGGGAGGUUUGAAGUUGUUGCAUGCAGAUCACAUAUACCACCUAACUAUAGCUACAUGUGGGAGUGUGAGGUGCGGAGGCCACAGCGAAUGAUCUCCAGGAGAAAGAGAACUCAACAAAUUCAGAGCUGAUCACCUCUUAUUGCUCUCUCCAAAG